AGAAUUAUAAUUAUUGUUUAGUUUAUUAAAAGAAAUUAUUUUCUAAAAAAUGAGGCUGGAUUAUAUUAUCUUGACUUUUACAUGUAUAUCAAUAAAAGAGUUGUUUGCAUCAACAAAAGACUAUUAUAAAAUACUUGGUGUUUCCAGAAACGCUAGUGACAGAGAUAUAAAAAAAGCAUUUAGAAAACUUGCCCUUAAAUAUCACCCUGAUAAAAAUAAAUCUAAAGAUGCAGAAAGUAUAUUCAGGGACAUUGCUGAAGCUCAUGAAGUUCUCUCUGAUGAGAAAAAAAGAAAAAUAUAUGAUCAGUAUGGUUCAGAAGGACUAAAGGAAAAAGCUGGUUUUGAUGGAUCUGCUUUUCACUUUGAUUUUAGUGACUUUUUCAAAGACUUUGGAAAUUUUGGAGGAAGGAAAAGCAGUAACUCUAAUAAAUUUAGUUUUAAUUUUGGCAGUUUCUUUGACAAUGAUGAUGAGGACACUGAUAGUUUUUUUGGAAACCAAUUUCAUCAGACACAUAGAAACUCAGGGGAAGAUAGUGUUUUUAGUAAAUCAGAUGAUAGUUUUUUUGGAGGAUUUGGGGAUUCAAUGUUUGGCAGUUUUGGUAGUAAUUCUAUGUUCUCUGAAUCACACUCAUUUUCAGAGAGCCGGCAACAAGGACGGCGUUGUAAAACAAUUACUAAAAAAAUGGGUAAUAUGGUGAUGACCACAACAGAGUGUUCUUAAAUAUUAUUGACAAUGACAGAGUAGUAUAUACAUAGAAAAAUUAUGACCACUACAAGAUGUUUUGAAGAUCAAAAAUAGUACCGUUUGUAUAUUGGAUUAAAUUAGGUUAAUCAAUUAAUAUAUUUAUUUAAACAGAAAGAAUAUUUAAAGCCAAUAAUGUAUGUUCAGAUUUAUAUUUAAAAGCUUGGUUUUCAUAUUGUUAUUUCUAUCCAGGCUGUUAUCUGAUUAACAGGCUGUUACCUGAGCAACAAGCUUUAACAAAACUUGUACAGAAAUGUUUAGUAGAUCUGUAACUAAUUUAUAAUGAUAUAUUUUUGUAAAAAUUGCAAUAAGACAUUUUUAUAUGUAAAA